UAAAAUAUAUGCAAUUCUUUGAUGCUUGUUGUCACUCUUGUCCUCCGUUCCAAAUACAGGGCACGGCUCGCGCUGAUUGGCUGAGACUCUGGCCAACCGUCUGCCGUAUAACCGCCGAGAUCCCAUCGAGCAGAUUUCGUCGCACUGCUAAAAAUGUUCCGCAAUAAUGAGUAACUGAGGAUUCUCCAGGGACCAGUGCCCUCAAGAUAUUCGUACCCCUAGACAAGUCGCGAUUACGACCAAUCUAGGUACUCUCUGUCGCAUCAUGCCGCACACCUCGCGGAAGAAAAAAGCCACUGCGCAGAAGCGCCUGGAGAUCGCCGAUGACGAUGGCUGGACUCAUGUUACUAAGGGCGGAAAUGUCCCGAGAAGGGCUGUCAAGACGGCUGAAGGGGAAUUACUUCCAGCGGAACCGCCAUCUCGGCUGACUAUUGGAGAAUUGAAAAAGCAGUACGAGGCGCAUAGGCAGAAGUGGGACGAGUCGUCAACGAAUGAGACUCUCAACCAUGUACUACGGGAGCGACUUUCACAAUCCAUGAAGAAUAUAGACAAUAUCGUCUGCAUAGGUCUCGGUAGUCCUAGCGGUUUUCUUCGCGGUGGAUGGGUGGACCGCAGAAGCGUAUCAUUGUAUCAGCUGGCGACUCUAGCUGCCAUUGCUGGGCUCUUUGAAACUCUUGAUACACAGUCUGCUGCUGUGCAAGUCUUUGCCCAAGACCCCGUCUUCAAUGACUUUGAUAAGGAGCUCUUGCAGUCCCUUGGAAUUACCGUGGUCGAAGACCCGAAAGCUUUCGAGCUGGUUAACGAGGGCACCUUUUUAUACUGUCCUGGAGCCGAGAGAGCUCAUCUGGACCGUAUACUUGCAUCAAAUCCCGCUAUUCUAUUCGGAGGGCCCCUUGACAAUCUCUCUCCGGAGCAAGAAGUCCUAGCAUCCUAUGUUCAGACACGGAGCUCGUUGCAAUUGCCUGCAUUUGAGCCUAAUGAGCAUGCUUUCUGGAAUAUGCGCUUGUAUUGGAAAGACGAGGACAAUUGAUCAUGGACGCAGCUCAUCUCGAGGUUAGGUUUCUGCGGUCCAAUGUGCUGUUCCCUAAUCGAAAGUUAUGCACUUCCUGGCCAUCUCCCUUGGAAGAAAGUCGCCUCGGUUGCCCGUCAAUGAAGUGGGACAGUGAUGCCAUCAUAUCUAGGUGAUCCUGCUGACGACGGUUGGGGGUCUAGUUGUCGGUCCCAGAAGUACUGACUGGAGAUCCCGGAAAAUC